GUCACUUCCUGCCAGACCCCCUUCCACCUGGAAAGUGGUAUCGCUGCAGGCAUCAGCCUCGACCCCCACAAUCGGCCCUUCGCCGCCCGCUCUCGCUCACCUGGACAAAGGAGGAGGCGGAAGAUCCAGGGGGUCCGGGCCGCUGAGCCCCGAGAUGGAGAGCCGGGCCGGGGAGUCCCAGCCAGAGACCGGCGCCCAGGCAGAAGGCUUCCCCCGGAGCCAGGCGGGGGACGUGAAGCGGGAAGAGCAGGACCCAUCGGAAGAAGACAAAGAGGCUCAGACGGCGCCAUGGCAGAGAUUAUUCCAUGGGCAGGUCAAGCAGGAGGGCGAUGGAGGUGCCCCUUCGCUGGGCCCUGGAAGGAUGCCGGGUGGAUAUUCUGGGCCUUCCCUUCAGUGUGAUGGAGCAGACACGCCCUCUGUGCAGCCAGAUCAGGUUCUGGUGACCUUUGAGGAUGUGUCUGUGGAUUUCUCAGAGGAGGAGUGGGCGCUGCUGGAUCCGGGCCAAAGAGCUCUGCACAGGGAAGUCACGGAGGAGAAUUACGUGAACCUGGCCUCUCUCGGGCUUGCGAUUCCCAAACCCGAGUGUGCCUCCUGGCCGGAAGAAGAGGAAGAUCCAUUCGGAGACAUCUCCACAGAGGGAAGCAGCUUGGCAGGUGAUGGGAGGAAGGACAAGAAAGAACAACCGCACAGAAGGAAAAUCAAUGUAAAACAGAAGCACCGGACGAAAUCCGUUUCAUCGGACAGAGCCAAUGUCAGUGUAGUUAACUUUACCGGCCAUGAAGGAAUCAACACAGGAGGGCAACCAUAUAAAUGUUCUGAAUGUGGAAAGGCUUUCACAAGGAACUCAAGUCUUGUUUCCCAUCAAAGAAUCCACACAGGAGAGAAGCCAUAUCAAUGUUCUGAAUGUGGAAAGAGCUUCACAAUCAGCAAAUCCCUACUUUUACAUAAAAGACUACACACAGGGGAGAAACCAUUUAAAUGUUCAGAAUGUGGAAAGGCUUUCACAACCAGCUCAAGUCUUGUUUCCCAUCAAAGAAUCCACACAGGGGAGAAGCCAUAUCAAUGUUCUGAAUGUGGAAAGAGCUUCACAAUCAGCAAAUCCCUACUUCUACAUAAAAGACUACACACAGGGGAGAAACCAUUUAAAUGUUCAGAAUGUGGAAAGGCUUUCACAACCAGCUCAAGUCUUGUUUCCCAUCAAAGAAUCCACACAGGGGAGAAGCCAUAUCAAUGUUCUGAAUGUGGAAAGAGCUUCACAAUCAGCAAAUCCCUACUUUUACAUAAAAGACUACACACAGGAGAGAAACCAUAUAAAUGUUUAGAAUGUGGAAAGGCUUUCACAAGGAGCUCAAGUCUUGUUUCCCAUCAAAGAAUCCACACAGGGGAGAAGCCACAUAAAUGUUCUGAAUGUGGAAAGAGCUUCAGAAUAAGCAAAACCCUACUUUUACAUAAAAGACUACACACAGGGGAGAAACCAUAUAAAUGUUCAGAAUGUGGAAAGGCUUUCACGAGCAGCUCAGGUCUUGCUUCUCAUAAAAAAAUUCACACCGGAGAGAAACCAUAUAAAUGCUCAGAAUGUGGAAAGAGCUUCACAAGCAGCUCCUCUGUAGUUUCCCAUCAAAUAAUCCACACUGGGGAGAAACCCUAUAAAUGUUCUGAGUGUGGGAAGAGCUUCAAUCAGAAAAAUAACCUGGCUUCCCAUCAGAAAAUCCACACAGAGGAGAAGCCAUAUACAUGUUUGGAAUGUGGAAAGAGCUUCAGAGUAAGCAAAUAUCUAGUUUUACAUAAAAGACUCCACACUGGGGAGAAACCAUAUAAAUGUUCAGAAUGUGGAAAGUGUUUUACGCAGAGCUCAGGUCUUGCUUCUCAUCAAAAAAUUCACACCGGAGAGAAACUAUAUAAAUGCUGGAUAUGUGGAAAGAGCUUCACAGACAACUCUUCCCUAGUUUCGCAUCACAGAUUCCACACAGAAGGGAAACCAUUUAAGUGCUCGGAAUGUGGAAAGACUUUCAUGCGCAGCUCAGACAUUGUUUCCCAUCACAGAAUCCACACAGGUGACAAACCAUAUAAAUGCUCAGAAUGUGGAAUGGCUUUCACUCAUAGCUCUGCCUUUGCUUCCCAUCGAAGAAUCCAUACUGGAGAGAAACCAUAUAAAUGCUCAGAAUGUGGAAAGAGCUUUAGGACAAGUUCAGAACGCAAUAACCAUCAAAGAAUUCACACCGGAGAGAAACCCUAUAAAUGCUCAGAAUGUGGAAAGAGCUUUAGGACAAGUUCAAGCCUUUCGUGCCAUCAAAGAAUCCACGCAGAUGACAAACCAUAUAAAUGCUCAGAAUGUGGAAAGAGCUUUAGGAACAGGAUGUAUCUUAAUGACCAUGAGAGAAUCCACACAGGGGAGAAACCAUAUAGCUGUUCUGAGUGUGGAAAGAACUUCAGUCAGAAAAAAAACCUGGCUUCCCAUCAAAGCAUCCAUACAGGGGAGAAGCCAUACAAAUGCUCUGAAUGUGGAAAGAGUUUCAGAGUCAGCAAAUCUCUACUUUUACAUAAAAGACUCCACACUGGGGAGAAACCAUAUAAAUGUUCAGAAUGUGGAAAGGGUUUCACGAACAAAUCAGACCUUGUUUCCCAUCAGAGAAUCCACACAGGAGAGAAACCGUAUAAAUGCUCGAAAUGUGGAAAGAGCUUCAGGGUCAGCUCUGCCCUAGUUUUACAUCAAAGAAUCCACACUGGAGAGAAACCCUAUAAAUGUUCUGAGUGUGGGAAGAGCUUCAAUCAGAGCUCCCACCUGGCUUACCAUCUAACUAUCCACACAGGGGAGCAUCCAUUUAAAUGCUCUGAAUGUGGAAAGAGCUUCCGAUGGAGCACACAUCUUAUUUCUCAUCAAAGCAUCCACACAGAGGGGAAACCAUUUAAAUGCUCAGAAUGUGGAAAGGCUUUCAUGCGCAGUGCAGACCUUGCUUUCCAUCAAAGAAUCCACACAGGAGAGAAACUGUAUAAUUGCUUGGUAUGUGGAAAGUCUUUCUUACGCAGCUCAGGCAUUGCUUCCCAUCAAAGAACCCACACAGGUGACAAACCAUAUAAAUGCUCAGAAUGUGGAAUGGUUUUCACGCAAAGCUCAUCCCUUGCUUCCCAUCGAAGAAUCCAUACUGGAGAGAAACCAUAUACAUGCUCAGAAUGUGGAAAGAGCUUUAGGACAAGUUCAGCCCUUACUUGUCAUCAAAGAAUCCACACAGGUGACAAACCAUAUAAAUGCUCAGAAUGUGGAAAGAGCUUUAGGAAGAGUUCAGACCUUUCUUCUCAUCAAAGAAUCCACACUGGGGAGAAAUCCUAUACAUGUUCUGAGUGUGGGAAGAGCUUCAGGAAGAGCUCAGACCUUGUUUCCCAUCAUAGAAUCCACACAGGAGAGAAACCAUAUAAAUGCUGGACGUGUGGAAAGAGCUUCACAGUCAGCUCAUCACUAUUUUCUCAUCAAAGAAUCCACACAGGGGAGAAACCUUAUAAAUGUUCUGAGUGUGGAAAGAGCUUCAGUCAGAGCUCCCACCUGGCUUGCCAUCAAAGAAUCCACACACGGGAGCAGGCAUUUAAAUGCUCCGAAUGUGGAAAGAGCUUCACAUCCAGCACAUCCCUUAUUUCCCAUCAACGAAUCCACACAGAGGGGAAACCCUUUAAAUGUUCGGAAUGUGGAAAGGCUUUCUCUUAUUUCAGCAAUCUUGUUUCACAUCAGAGAAUUCAUACAGGGGAAAAACCGUAUAAAUGCUCCGAAUGUGGGAUAAGCUUCAGUCACAGUUCAAACCUUUCUUCUCACCAAAGAAUCCACACAGGGGAGAAACCAUAUAAAUGCUCUGAAUGUGGAAUAGGCUUCAGUCAGAGCUCCAACCUUACAUCCCAUCAAAGAAUCCACACAGCAGAGAAACCCUAUAAAUGCCUGGAGUGUGGAAAAAGCUUCAGUCACAGUUCAACCCUUGCUUCUCAUCAAAAAACCCACACAGGGGACAAACCUUAUAAAUGCUCAGAGUGUGGGAAAAGCUUCAGUCGGAGCACAAACCUUAUUUCCCAUCAAAGAAGUCACACAGGGGAGAAACCAUAUAAAUGCUCAGAGUGUGGAAAGAGCUUCAAUAGAACUUCAACUCUAGACUCCCAUCAGAGAAUCCACACAGGGGAGAAACCAUAUAAAUGCUCAGUGUGUGGAAAGAGCUUCAGACAUAGCUCAGCCCUUACUUCCCAUCAAGGAAUCCACACAGGGGAAAAACCUUAUAAAUGCCAGGAAUGCGGAAAAAGCUUCAAUCACAGUGGACUCUUUAAUUCCCAUCAAAGAAUGCACACAGGUGAAAAACCUUAUAAAUGCCAGGACUGCGGGAAAAGCUUCAGUCAGAGUGGAAACUUUAAUUCCCAUCGAAGAAUGCACACAGGUGAAAAACCUUAUAAAUGCCAGGACUGCGGGAAAAGCUUCAGUCACAGUGGGAGCCUUAAUUCCCAUCGAAGAAUACACACAGGUGAAAAACCUUAUAAAUGCCAGGACUGCGGGAAAAGCUUCAGGCAGAGUGGACACUUUAAUUCCCAUCGAAGAAUUCACACAGGUGAAAAACCUUAUAAAUGCCAGGACUGCGGGAAAAGCUUCAGUCAGAGUGGACACUUUAAUUCCCAUCGAAGAAUGCACACAGGUGAAAAACCUUAUAAAUGCGAGGACUGCGGGAAAAGUUUCAGUCAGAGGGGACACUUUAAUUCCCAUCGAAGAAUGCACACAGGUGAAAAACCUUAUAAAUGCUAGGACUGCGGGAAAAGCUUCAAUCGCAGCGAACACUUUAAUUCCCAUCGAAGAAUGCACACAGGUGAAAAACCUUAUAAAUGCCAGGACUGCGGGAAAAGCUUCAGUCGCAGCGAACACUUUAAUUCCCAUCGAAGAAUACACACAGGAGAAAAACCUUAUAAAUGCCAGGACUGCGGGAAAAGCUUCAGUCGCAGCGAAAACUUUAAUUCCCAUCGAAGAAUACACACAGGAGAAAAACCUUAUAAAUGCCAGGACUGUGGAAAAAGCUUCAGUCGCAGUGGAGACCUUAAUUCCCAUCGAAGAAUGCACACAGGGGAAAAACCUUAUGAAUGCCAGGACUGUGGGAAAAGCUUCAAUCGGAGUGGGAGCCUUUAUUACCAUCGACGAAUCCACACAGGGGAAAAACCAUAUAAAUGCCAGGACUGCGGAAAAAGCUUCAGUCGCAGUGGAGACCUUAAUUCCCAUCGAAGAAUACACACAGGGGAAAAACCUUAUGAAUGCCAGGACUGCGGGAAAAGCUUCAAUCGGAGUGGGAGCCUUUAUUACCAUCGAAGAAUGCACACAGGGGAAAAACCAUAUAAAUGCCAGGACUGCGGGAAAAGCUUCAGUCACAGUGGGAGCCUUUAUUACCAUCGAAGAAUCCACACAGGUGAAAAACCUUAUAAAUGCCAGGACUGCGGGAAAAGCUUCAGUCAGAGUGGACACUUUAAUUCCCAUCGAAGAAUGCACACAGGUGAAAAACCUUAUAAAUGCCAGGACUGCGGGAAAAGCUUCAUUCAGAGUGGACACUUUAAUUCCCAUCGAAGAAUGCACACAGGGGAAAAACCAUAUAAAUGCCAGGACUGCGGAAAAAGCUUCUGUCGCCGUGGAGACCUUAAUUCCCAUCGUAGAAUGCACACAGGGGAAAAACCAUAUAAAUGCCAGGACUGCGGAAAAAGCUUCUGUCGCCGUGGAGACCUUAAUUCCCAUCGAAGAAUGCACACAGGUGAAAAACCUCAUAAAUGCCAAGACUGCGGGAAAAGCUUCAGUCAGAGUGGAAGCCUUAAUUCCCAUCGAAGAAUGCACACAGGUGAAAAACCUUAUAAAUGCCAAGACUGUGGGAAAAGCUUCAGUCAGAGUGCAAACUUUAAUUCCCAUCGAAGAAUGCACACAGGUGAAAAACCUUAUAAAUGCCAAGACUGCGGGAAAAGCUUCAGUCAGAGUGCAAACUUUAAUUCCCAUCGAAGAAUACACACAGGAGAAAAACCUCAUAAAUGCCAAGACUGCGGGAAAAGCUUCAGUCAGAGUGGAAGCCUUAAGUCCCAUCGAAGAAUACACACAGGUGAAAAACCUUAUGAAUGCCAGGACUGUGGAAAAAGCUUCAGUCACAGUCAUGUCCUUAAUUCCCAUCGAAGAACACACACAGGGGAAAAACCUUAUAAAUGCCAGGAGUGCGGGAAAAGCUUCACUCAGAAAGGACACUUUAAUUCCCAUCAAAGAAUGCACACAGGGGAAAAACCUUUUAAAUGCCAGGACUGUGGAAAAAGCUUCAGUCACAGCGUACGCUUUAAUUCCCAUCGAAGAAUACACACAGGCGAAAAGCCUUAUAAAUGCCAGGACUGUGGAAAAAGCUUCAGUCACAGUCAUGUCCUUAAUUCCCAUCGAAGAACACACACAGGGGAAAAACCUUAUAAAUGCCAGGACUGUGGGAAAAGAUUCAGUCGCAGUGGAGACCUUAAUUCCCAUCGAAGAUUGCAUACAGGUGAAAAACCUUAUAAAUGCCAGGACUGCGGAAAAAGCUUUAGUUACAGAAAAGUCCUCAUUCAGCAUCAAAGAAUGCAUACAGGGGAAAAACCUUAUAAAUGCCAGGAGUGUGGGAAAAGCUUCAGUCGCAGCGAACACUUUAAUUCCCAUCGAAGAAUACACACAGGUGAAAAACCUUAUAAAUGCCAGGACUGCGGAAAAAGAUUCAGUCGCAGUGGAGAUCUUAAUUCCCAUCGAAGAUUGCAUACAGGUGAAAAACCUUAUGAAUGCCAGGACUGCGGAAAAAGCUUUAGUUACAGAAAAGUCCUUAUUCAGCAUCAAAGAAUGCAUACAGGGGAAAAACCUUAUAAAUGCCAGGACUGCGGAAAAAGCUUCACUCAGAAAGGACACUUUAAUUCCCAUCAAAGAAUGCACACAGGAGAAAAACCUUAUAAAUGCCAAGACUGCGGGAAAAGCUUCAGUCAGAGUGCAAACUUUAAUUCCCAUCGAAGAAUACACACAGGAGAAAAACCUCAUAAAUGCCAAGACUGUGGGAAAAGCUUCAGUCAGAGUGGAAGCCUUAAUUCCCAUCAAAGAACGCACACAGGUGAAAAACCUUAUGAAUGCCAGGACUGUGGAAAAAGCUUCAGUCACAGUCAUGUCCUUAAUUCCCAUCGAAGAACACACACAGGGGAAAAACCUUAUAAAUGCCAGGAGUGCGGGAAAAGCUUCACUCAGAAAGGACACUUUAAUUCCCAUCAAAGAAUGCACACAGGGGAAAAACCUUUUAAAUGCCAGGACUGUGGAAAAAGCUUCAGUCACAGCGUACGCUUUAAUUCCCAUCGAAGAAUACACACAGGCGAAAAGCCUUAUAAAUGCCAGGACUGUGGAAAAAGCUUCAGUCGCAGUGGAGACCUUAAUUCCCAUCGAAGAAUGCACACAGGGGAAAAACCUUAUAAAUGCCAGGACUGUGGGAAAAGAUUCAGUCGCAGUGGAGACCUUAAUUCCCAUCGAAGAUUGCAUACAGGUGAAAAACCUUAUAAAUGCCAGGACUGCGGAAAAAGCUUUAGUUACAGAAAAGUCCUCAUUCAGCAUCAAAGAAUGCAUACAGGGGAAAAACCUUAUAAAUGCCAGGAGUGUGGGAAAAGCUUCAGUCGCAGCGAACACUUUAAUUCCCAUCGAAGAAUACACACAGGUGAAAAACCUUAUAAAUGCCAGGACUGCGGAAAAAGAUUCAGUCGCAGUGGAGACCUUAAUUCCCAUCGAAGAUUGCAUACAGGUGAAAAACCUUAUAAAUGCCAGGACUGCGGAAAAAGCUUUAGUUACAGAAAAGUCCUUAUUCAGCAUCAAAGAAUGCAUACAGGGGAAAAACCUUAUAAAUGCCAGGACUGCGGAAAAAGCUUCACUCAGAAAGGACACUUUAAUUCCCAUCGAAGAAUACACACAGGUGAAAAACCUUAUAAAUGCCAGGACUGCGGAAAAAGAUUCAGUCGCCGUGGAGACCUUAAUUCCCAUCAAAGAUUGAACACAGGGGAAAACCAUAUAAAUGCCAAGACUGCGGGAAAAGCUUCAGUCAGAGUGGACACUUUAAUUCCCAUCGAAGAAUGCACACAGGGGAAAAACCUUAUGAAUGCCAGGACUGCGAGAAAAGCUUCAGUCAGAGUGGGGGACUUAAUUCACAUCGAAGAAUGCACACGGGAAAAACCUUAUAAAUUCUAGGACUCUGGAAAAGGCUUCAGACAGUAUGGACACUUUAGUUAUUAUUUUAACAAUUCAUUCAGGUGACAAGCCAUAUAGAUUCCUGGAGUGUUGGAAAAGCUUCAGUCAGAGUGCACACCUUUCUUCCCACCAGAGAAUUCACAGGUAAGAAAUAAAUGCCUAGAGUAUGGAAAAAGCUUCAGUCUGAAUGGAGAUUAAUUCCCAUCACCGAAUCCACACAGGAGAAACCAGAUGCAUGCCUUGAAUGUGGAAAAAGGUUCAGACUGAGUGGAUUCCUCAAUUCCCAUUGAAGAAUGCACACAGAGGAAAAAAGCAUAAUAAAAAGAGCUUCAGUUGCAGUGGAAACAUUUCUCUCAAUCAAAGAAUUCACACAGUGGAUGAGCCAUAGAAAUGUUUUGAUGUGGAAGGACAUUGCAUAAAAUAAAUUUUGUUAAACCA